GAGCUCGAAGGGAGGAAUGACGCAGCGAAAAUUCCCCAACCGCGAGCGCGCCCAACGGAUGCAUCCUCCCUUCCCCCGUGACGUCAUGACGCACCGAGGCGUACGUGAAUGAGUGGACGAGCGCGGGCGGAGGGGGCCAAAAGAGAGGAGAUCACGUGGGCCGGGAGGGUGCCGCCGCUGCCGCGUCCCUCAGUCAGUCAGUCAGUGGCGGUUGGCCUCCCUCGCGUGCCGCCGCCUCAGCCUCUCCCUGCCCCGGGCGGGCCCUGCCUAAAACCAGGCCCGAAGAGCCCCAAGCCAGGCCGCCCGCUUCCCUCGCGCUGCCCUUCGGCCCCCGGCGGCCGGAGCCCUUGAUGCGGUUCGGGGCCCGGCGGGGAGACGAUGCCGCCCUCCAAGUCCCGCAAGAUCGCCAUCCUGGGCUACAGGAGCGUGGGGAAAUCGUCACUGACUAUUCAGUUCGUGGAAGGACAGUUUGUUGAUUCAUAUGACCCUACUAUAGAAAACACAUUUACAAAACUGAUUACUGUAAAUGGGCAAGAAUAUCAUCUUCAGGUUGUUGACACAGCUGGCCAGGAUGAAUACUCAAUAUUUCCUCAGACCUACUCCAUAGACAUUAAUGGUUACAUUCUUGUCUACUCAGUCACAUCAAUAAAAAGUUUUGAAGUGAUUAAAGUUAUCCAUGGCAAGUUAUUGGAUAUGGUGGGGAAAGUGCAGAUCCCCAUUAUGUUGGUGGGAAAUAAAAAAGACCUGCACAUGGAACGGGUGAUCAGCUAUGAAGAAGGGAAAGCUUUAGCGGAGUCCUGGAAUGCAGCUUUCUUGGAAUCGUCUGCUAAAGAAAAUCAGACGGCUGUGGACGUUUUCAGGAGGAUAAUUUUGGAGGCAGAAAAAAUAGACGGGGCAUCUUCACAAGGGAAGUCUUCGUGCUCAGUGAUGUGAUUGCGCAGCGGCAGCCGAACUCUGGGGAAAUAAUGUCCUUCGGCCUCCAAAAGCAAAACUGCCCCCACUCCCUUUCACAGCAAACCUCCGCUUCUCUCUCUUCUGUUUAACCUGAACAAUAUACAGCCGGUUGGAGACUUCCCCUUCAGAUUAUGUUUAAACUCUGACUCCUCUGCAAACAAAAAAAAACAAAAGGCUUCACUUCCAUUUUCAAAUUUUAAGCAAUCAUAUUUUCAAUUUAUAUAUUGUAUUUCUUAAUAUUAUGACCAAGAAUUUUACUGGCAUUAAUUUUUUCAGUGUAGUUUGGUUAGAAUAAUCAUCCAGAUGAUGCAUAUUGUUACACUACUAUUUACUAGGCUUGAAUAUCAGUGUUUCUUUGUGUUAAAUGUAUACUUGUAAAUAAAAUAGCUGCAAACCUUA